AUGGCAGACGAUAUGGAGAGCUCCGAUCUGGAUCUGACGAGACAGGAAACCGAGUCUGCUAUGCCCAUGUCCACCGACGACGUCAGUACCCCAGAGCCCAAAUUGUUGACUACGGGGACGCAUGUUACGUCGAGUUUGCACCAGGGGCAUACGCCAGCGCACGAAAUAACCCCCGCCCUAAGUUUUGAAGACCUCACCUCCCUCCAAGACGGGACAUGGCCCGACGACACCGACGCGAUGAAAGACACACCCCCGCCGCGGUCGCCCACAAAGACCCUGCUCCCCGUCGUCCUGGUGGCUUCAAAGUACCCGGAGGACAUUGCGGCGGGCCUGCUGGAGAUUGCAAGAAGUUGCGUGCAUAGGAACUUUGUGACGGAGGAUAAUAUGGCGGAUUAUGGGAAUGUGGAGCAGAUCGCGGUGCAGUUCUGUAACGAUCUGAACAUGGCAGACAGGUCGGUCAUCGUCCGCCCAUCACACAAGAACCACACACAGGUCCCAGAAGGAGAAACAUUCACCAUCACCGUAACCUACAAACGGAAAUGCGAAGCUUUCCGCGCCCUGGGACGUAUGCUCGGCACUCUCUUCGAUCUAACCAACGUCGAGGAUCUCGCCAUGUACUUGAGCUGGGAGGAACAUGCGCAGUUCGAGACGUUCGGCGUCAUGUUCGACUGUUCGCGAUGCGCGGUCCUCUCCAUGGACGCCGUCCUCUACUUCCUGCGAACAUGCGCGCUCCUAGGCAUGAACACCUUCCAACUGUACACCGAGGACACAUUCACGGUCCCCGGCGAGCCCUUCUUCGGAUACCUACGAGGCGCCUACACCAGCGACGACAUCACCUUCAUCGACAACUACGCGUACAAUUUCGGAAUAGAGGUGUUUCCCUGCAUACAAACGCUCGGACACCUUGGGCAGAUAUUGCAGUGGCCCCGGUUCGCGGGCGUAAGAGAUACGACGGAAGUCAUCCUCUCGGGCGCUGAGGAGACCUACGAACUCCUCACCCGCGUCAUUGAAGCCGCCUCCAAACCGCUCCGCUCUAAACGCAUACAUAUUGGCAUGGAUGAGGCGCAUGGCGUCGGCGAGGGGCGGUAUAAGCAGAUCUUUGGGGAUAAAGAUUCCGCGGAGGUGUUUUUGGAGCAUUUGAAACGGCUGGAGGGGAUUUGUAGGGAGAGGGGGUUGAUGCCGAUGGUUUGGUCGGAUAUGCUGUUUACAUUAGGCACGGACGUACAAUUGACACCGCAGGAAUUGAUAGCGGCAAAGAACAGCUCCCUGCAAAGCUACUACGAAACCUCGGAGCUGCCGAAGGAGAUGCGGCAUAACAUGCCGGCAGGGUUGGACCUUGUUUAUUGGGAUUAUUAUCAUACGAAUGUGGACGCGUAUUCGAGGAAGAUACAGCAGCAUCGCGAUCUGGGGUUUGAGCCGUGGGUGGCUGGUGGCAUAUGGUCCUGGAACAGAUUCUACAGCGCCCUCCCGUUCUCCCUCGCCGCCUCCGACGCAUGCCUGAAGGCCUGCAAGCGGUCCAAAGUUAAGAACGUGUUUGUGACUACGUGGGGCGACGAUGGAAACGAAUGCGACAUCCUCUCCGCCCUGCCCGGCAUCCUCUACUGGUCCGAACACUGCUACACCGCCGAACCCGAUGUCGAUUGGCAUAUGGUCCGGAAGAACUUUGCGGGUGUUUGUGGCGGGAAUUUGGAUGACUGGAUUUAUGCGUCGAGGAUUGAUGUACCCCUGGAUGCGAUGGACAAGACCCGGUUUCCGCCGAAUGUGUCCAAGUGGAUCUUGUGGAAUGAUCCGUUUUAUAAUUUCUUGUUGCCGCAGUAUCGGGAUCUGAACUUGGAUCGGAUCUACAGUGAGAUCGCCACUCGCCUCCGAUCCGUCUCCUCAGGCGACAUGCUCACCAUGUACCCCCUCAACCGCCGCCUCAAGUUCCCCUACCUCCUCGCCGACACCCUCCGCCACAAAUCCCUUCUCCGCACGCACCUCGUCGCCGCCUACAAGUCCGCCGACCCCGCGCGCGCCCUCUACGCCUUCGCCCACGGCCCACUCGCCACGCUCCGCACCGCCCUCGACACCCUGUGGAGGUAUCACCGCGAUCAUGUCUGGCUCGCGACGUACAAGCCGUUUGGGAUGGAGGUGUUGGAGAUGCGGUAUGGGGCGCUGAGGACGCGGUUGGAGAGUUUGCAGGAACGGGUUUUGGCGUUUUGUCAAAGGGGUGGAGAGGGGGAGGGGGGGUCGGGGGAUGGGGGUAUGACACCACGCGGACCGCCGAUGGGGAUGCAGCAGCGACAGCAGCCGCAGCCCGGGGAGGGGCCGGUGAUGAGGGAGGAGACGCUGCCGGAGCUGGAUGUGGAGUUGAGGGAGGUGUAUCAGGGGAUCGGGUUGGAGAUUGUGGUGGAUUUUGCGAGGGCUUAUACGCCGAGUAGGGCGUUGGGGACCGGGUAGGGGUUGAGCGGGAUGCGGCUUUGAUUUUUUUAUUACCCACCACUGCUGUAUUGACGUAGGGCAGAUAUGGGCUCCCCUUCCCGCUUUUGGGGAUAUCCUUAUGUAGAUGUUGUAUGUAUGUAAAUGCAGAAACCACUCACGAUCCCAACCGCCGAAACCAUGACCUGGCUGGUCCCUGAUUGUUAUGCCUUGAUCUUCGAUUGGGAUCUCGUCCAUCCCAGCAUUCUUUCGUCAAUCGAAAAAAAGGGUCUCGUUAAACAAAACGAAGCAAUAAUCACAAAAGAGUCAAAAAGCAAACAUAUAAUACAGAGGUUGGUUGUCUCUCCCCCUC